AACAGAGACAAAAUGGCCUACUCCUAAUGGUUCUUACAUUGUACAGAGCUCAUGAAACACAUCUGACAUUUAAUUCACUAAAGACGAUGAUUCAUUGGUGUUGCUGUAUGAUGCUUGUGCUGUCAUACUUUGGCUCUCACUUGGGUUUUGCCAAGGCUGAGGUCUGACAAAAAUGGUUGCAGUGGUGUAUGCCCCUCAAGCAGGCUCACUACUUUGGACAUCUUUGGUCUCGGUGCUGGUGCUGCAUUGGUUCAGAAGAGGGCAACAUUCAUCAUGAGGUGCACAAGUCUGGAUCUACCAGCUCUAGGAGAUUUCCUUACUCAUGUACAACACAAGCCUGCAACACAUCUGGGAGAGAACAUCAUACUGCUACUAAGGCAAAAUGCUUGCGUAUCAUUGUAUCAAGGAAGAAGUAGAAAAAUGCAAGCGCAUACAAGAGGGAGGGAGUGUCAGCCUCCACGAGCUGACAACUUCCAGGAAAAGAGAAGGCUUAGAAGAAAACAACCAGGAUUACACACCGGAAGGAUGACCUGAAAAGCUAAACACCAGAGUUUAACCUCCUCGGAAACUUGAGAACUUCUGCCCAGGUUCUUAACUGCUGGUUGAAGACGUGAUUGUUCCAUUCGGAUUCCCAUUCCUUCCAGAUCAUCCAGGCGACCAAGAUUAUCAAAGUGUUAAGAUACUCAGCUCCUCCUGGUCCGAUUGUUUGUGCUGUGCUAGGAUCCUCUCGAUCUUGGCAGGGGAUCUUCUCUUGGCUAGCUCCUUCAAACCUCUGACAUUCCACCACCUAAGUUCCAUGCCUCAUUACAGCGUAAUCUCCCCGAUUGUCUCUCUUUGUGAACAUGUUGUGGAAGCCAAUCAGGAAGCACAUUUACUACUGCCUCAAUCCUGAAAGUAAUGUUCAUAAUCUUAUGAUCGCUGCUGAUGAUCUGAGGGACACCAUUGAUACUAUCGAGGAGAGAAUUCUGGUGGGUGAAUGUGAGGGAAAGAAACCAAAGGCACAGGCAACAAGCUGGAUACGUAGUGCUCAAUCAGUUAGAGAUGAAUCAGACAAGAUAAAAAAUGGCUAUGAGGCAAGGAGAAUACAUGCGUUGGGUUGUUCCUGGAACUUUUUCUUCAACUACAGUGUAAGCAAUUCUGCCACCAAAAUGCAUGCUAAUGCUGAUGAGAUCAAGAAGAGAGCUCCUGAGAAUGAUGGUAUGUUCAGCUCCCUGCCACUGGUUGGCAGAGAGAUGCCUCUGCCACCCUACAUUGUGGGGCAAGAUGAGUACAAGGAUAAGAUUGUUGGUUCCAUUAAGCAGGGCACCACAGGCACCAUUGGGAUAUGUGGCAUGGGAGGGUCUGGCAAAACUACUCUCCUCAAACAAUUGAACAACAUCUUCAGCUGCGCUGCAGAAACACACGAAUUCGAUCAUGUCAUCUAUGUGGAGGUCAGUCAGCAGCAAAAUCUGGAGACAGUUCUGCAGAACAUCGCAUCCCAACUUGGCAUUAUGCUGACACAGAACAAGGACGCUACAUUUAGGUCUGCAUCCCUUUAUAACUUCUUGAAGGAAAGGAGCUUCCUACUUCUGAUAGAUGAUCUUUGGCAAACACUAGACCUGGUGAAGGUCGGCAUACCGCAAGGUGGUCGGCAAUUGGGCCCUCAAAACAGGCAGAUGAUAGUAAUAACAUCACGUUUGCAACAAGUUUGUUAUGGUAUGGACGGGCAUUGCCAGAUGAUUGUGUUGCAAAGGUUGAAGUUUAAUGAAGCAUGGAGUCUCUUUGAAUCAAAUGCGGGUAUUAGAAUAACCAAUAACGUGCAAGUCAAGUGUCAUGCCGAGAGCAUAGUGGAGAAGUGUGGAGGCCUUCCGCUUGCUCUUAAGAUUGUUGGUCAGGCUAUGGCAUCAAAAGGAACUGAACAUGAAUGGGAACUAGCUGUGAAUUUGCUUGAACAAUCACAAUUCCACAAGGUCCCGGAUGUAGAAAAUGAUCUAUAUUCUGUACUGUACAUUAGUUAUGACAACCUGCCAGAUGAGAGGACAAAGCAAUGCUUUCUUUUCUUUGCCUUCGCCAGCUAUGGAACUGUAUGCACAGAGUCCUACACGAAGUUUUUGGAUGGGCCAUGGAUUACUAGAGCUGGGUUCUUUGGAGUCGCUUUAUCUCUUACCUACCUGGAUCUGUAUUGUACUAAUAUUGAACAACUUCCAUCUGAUAUUGGAGCAUUACUGAACUUGCAGCACCUUGAUCUUUCAUACACACCAAUCCAAUCACUCCCAGUGAGGUUCAGAUUAUUGAAGAAACUGAGGUACCUAUAUUUAAGGUAUACACGCAAACUCCAAACAGUCCCAGAUGGCACCAUAUCGGCACUAAGUAUGCUGAGGGUGCUGGAUAUACACGGCAGUGUUUUUUUCACAAAGGUGAAAGCACGGUCAUAUCUUGAGGAACUGGAGAGCUUGACCAGUUUGCAGCUUCUCAGGGUCACAGUGGUUGAUUUCCAGUCGCUCAGGAGGAUCUUCAAUUUGUCCAGAGUCUCCCUGCGAGACAGGAUUGGGACGCCUCCAAGUUUCGUCCCAACUUAUCAGCAAAGCAAGGGCACAACAUCUAGAAGUUCUGGCUCUGAGCUAUAUGAAGAGUUUGGAGAAGUUGAGAUAGGUGGUGAAAGUGAAACCAGUGUGGAUUAUUCAGAUUGGUGCUUCCAAAAUCUCGAUGAAUUCAGAUUGCAUCACCUCACAAAACUGGGAAGCAUCAUGUGGAAAGGGGUGAUGCCACAUGCUUGCUUUCCUAAGGUUCGUACGGUAGAUAUCAUCGGCUGCCACAGCAUCAAGACACUCACUUGGAUCAACCAGCUUCCUUGCCUAGAAGAGGUGUAUUUAUACAACUGCAACUCACUGUUGGAGGUAGUGAGUGAUGAUGAUGAGGAAGAUACCACCAUGCCAUCGGCAACAGCUUCAUCAUCAUUUCCUCGCCUCAGGCACCUCGGGCUAAGUCAUCUCAAGGAUCUUUACAAAAUAUGUGGUGAUGGGAGACUUGGAUUUCCAUGCUUGCAGCGGCUGCUUGUGUACGAGUGCCCUAUGCUGGCAAGACUGCCAUUCGUGCUAUGGAAUGGAUCUGCUGUGUGCCUCUGAUUCUCGGUGAACAAAACUGGUGGAACAACUUAGGUUGGGACGAUGCUGGACUGAAAUCUAAUUCAGUCCCUUUCUUCAGAGAACUACCUCCAGGUUUUAAAGGGAGUAACAUGGAAGUUUGGGAGGCAAUGUUCCAAGCGUUGCCUUAAUCUCAGCAAAGGAAAUAAUAAUUGGUCAUAAAUCUCAAAGAAGAAGAAAGCUUUGGUCGCCUGUUGCAUGGUGUUGAGAGUUUCAGUUCUUGAAAGAAAGAAAAAAGCACUACACACAUUUUCCUGUUUAUAAUUGGCAGUGCGCAUCUCAGUUAUGCCUGUAGUGUUGAAGUGUUCUCAGAAUCUCAGUACAGUCUUUCGUGUAGUGUUGCUUCUCUCUUUUGUGAUGAGUUUAUUGUGCUUGUGCUAGCAUUUUUAUUAAUACAUGACCGGACUUUGUCGUACCUGUAAAUUGAAAAACCCUAUGGGAAUUUUUUUUUUACCAUUCUGGAGUCUUAGAUGGGUAAGUAGCAAGGGUUUGGUCAUUUUGUGAGAGGGGUGGUGUCAUGAGAGGGAUCGAGCAACAUUGUUGAGUCCGGGCGACUAAUAGUCAAUCAAAUUUUUUUAUGAAAAUUGAUGGUUAUUGUCUACGUUACCCUGAUACGGCUGGGAAGGAGCGUAUCCGUAUCAGAUACGUAACAAGAUACGGAUACGUAUCGGAUACGCUCCGAUACGUAUCCUGUACGUAUCCUCCAUUUUUCCGACUUUCAAAAAAAUAAAAUAAUUAGGAUACUUUUUUGAUACGCACAUGAUACGGGAUAACAACCCUAGCCGCCUCCCGUCUUUUUGUGCACAACGGCGCCGUCGUCCUCGACCUCUGCACUGCCGCUGCGCAACAAGGGCAUGAUGCCGCUGCGCGCUGCCGAGCACGGACGCCACCGGCGUGCGCCUCUAAGCACGGAAUCGCCACCGCUGUCAAGCGCCGCCGAGAAGGGAAUCGCGCCGCCGCCGUCAAGCGCAGUUGAGAAGGGAAUCGCUGCCGCUGCCAAGCGCAUUCCUGUGGUUGCUGGGCACAGCACCAUCGCUGCACGGGUUGGUGGUUCAACUGUUCAAGUGAGGUAGGCGUGAGUAUUGACAGUUGAGUUAAAUCACUUAUUUGAUCUGCAAUGAUUUUUUUUUGUCCUUAUUGUUGUUCUCCUUUCUUGUUUUCGGAACAAACAACUGCCAUAUUACUAUUUCAGAGAUCCGAUAGAUUACGAAAUUGGAAACUCAAGAGUACUAGUGCAUCCAGGAUCUUAAUGUUGGCGAUAACAUCAUUUCUUUUUUUAUUUUGGUAGCUGUAGCCCCCGUAAGUAAGUGACUUUUAGAGAUCCAGUAAGUACUGGUAUUUUUUUUUAAACUAAUCCAGUAAGUACUGGGACUGCAGUACUUGAAAGCUAUGCUCGAUAUAUCUGUGUAUUGCUUCCUUCA